GCGGAACUAAACCUCCUCGGAACCUAAAAAAUCGCGCGGGCGUUCAGCUGCGCCGCGUUUCCUGCGGACUCGGACCCUUGACUCUGGGACAAGAUGGCGGCUCCCUUGCUCCGCGCUGUCCGUGCUGCUGCUGCUGCCACCCCUUCGUCUCUGUGGCAUGCUCCGGGCAUGCGUGGGGCCGGCUCGUUGGCGUCACUGCCUCCGGCCACCGUCCCCUCGAGCCGCGGGGAGUUUGUGGUGACUAAGCUUGACGACCUCGUCAACUGGGCCCGCAGGAGCUCACUAUGGCCCAUGACGUUUGGCCUGGCGUGCUGUGCGGUGGAGAUGAUGCACAUGGCCGCCCCGCGCUACGACAUGGACCGGUUUGGCGUCGUGUUCCGUGCGUCCCCGCGCCAGGCGGAUGUCAUGAUCGUAGCCGGGACACUCACCAACAAGAUGGCGCCUGCCCUGCGCAAGGUUUAUGAUCAGAUGCCUGAACCUCGCUGGGUUAUCUCCAUGGGAAGCUGUGCCAAUGGAGGUGGCUACUACCACUACUCUUACUCAGUGGUGCGUGGCUGUGACCGCAUCGUCCCCGUUGACAUCUACGUGCCCGGCUGCCCUCCCACAGCGGAGGCUCUCCUCUACGGAGUGCUGCAGUUGCAGAAGAAAAUCAAGAGGCAGAAAGUGAUCCAGAUGUGGUAUCGGAAGUAGACAGCCACCACCACCGUCACCACCGUCACCACCGUCACCACCAUCAACAUCUCCAUCGCAACCGCCGCCUCCACCAUCGCUGCUACCACCGCCACCACCGCCACCACCGCCACCACCGCCAGGACCACCACUGCCACCGCCACCACCGCCACCAGGACUGCCAGAAUCGGCGCGUCUGCUGCUGCUGCUGUGGUUUUGGCUCGCGAUUAGCACGAUUGGCUACAUAGAGGUUCAACGUAUAGACAUGCAACACACAGACAUGCAACACACAGACAUGCAACACACAGACAUGCAACACACAGACAUGCAACAUACAGACAUGCAACAUACAUAUAACGUAAUACUUACAACGUGCAUACGUGGCGUCCGCGUGUUCCCCGUGGGUCGAGUGUCGGUUUGUCCGUGUGUCUUGAGUGUGUGUACGAGUGUGUACGUGUGUGCGUCCUUGUGGGGAGCGGUGAGUGGUACGCUGCGCUAAGAACCCGGCCACCCGAGUUCGAAUCCCGCUCACGGCCAACACCAGUGAUAGAGAUUGUCUGAACCUGGUCCUGGGCCUCCCCUAGGUCGACUCAGCCUCAAAAUGAGUAGCUGGUGCAGCAGUGGCGUGUGGUAGUAAUCAUCGUCACCUGGGGGAAAGACAAAGGCGGCCGGGCGUGGUGCUGGCCACCCACCCCCUCGUGUGCCACAGUGCCGGUAGCCUUAAUUGGUGCUGCUGGCUGCUCGCUACUCUCAGCCCCUGCCCCAACAGUCUGUUCGAGGCUGCACGGGUGAUAUUUGUCUGUGUGUGUGUAUAGGCACUCGCUACUAGCAACACUUGCCCCAACAGUCUGUUAGAGGCUACACGGGGGAUCUUUGUCUUUGCUGUGUGGUGUGGUUUUAGCGUGCUGUUCUUGCCUCGGGUGUAAAUCUCUCUCCCCUCUCCUCUCUGCGCGCGCGCACAAAAUAAACCACAAACAGCCCCGGGGCGAACGUAA